CCAGUGGAAGCUUCCCAGCGGCGGUCAGUCAGCAGUCUUCAGUCUACAUCUGAGUUUUAUAAAACAUCAGGAACACACAGCUGUUUAAACACUGUGUAAAGAGUGUUUACAGAAUACAGUGGAGAUGGACGGCGGCUCCGGAAAUGACGAUCUGUUUGAUAAUAUUCUUCUGGCGGAUGAAAAGUUCAGAGGGGAGGGCUACCAGGACGGGUUUGAGAAAGGGACCCGCCGAGGACUGCAGGAUGGACGCAGACAUGGAGCCUCUCACGGGGCCAAACUGUCCACUGAGAUUUCCUUCUACUAUGGGUUCGCCAUCACGUGGAAAUGUCUCCUCCAGCAUAAUACAGAUGUCAAAUCAAGGAAGCGUAUGAAGGCGCUGGAGGCUCUGCUGGGUUUGAUCCAGAACUCCCCUCAUGAUGAUCCGCAGUCUCCAAAGCUACAGGAGUCCAUGGAGAAACUUCGCGCCAAAUUCAGACAGGUCUGCUCCAUGCUGAGUGUCCCGGCUGACUUCAACGAUUACGUCAAAACUUCUGAAGGGACCUCUUUCUGAGUCACUCCUGAUGAUGAGGAGGUGCUGAGCCGACCUCUGUGUCCCGUACAGAGCAGAGGGAAGUUGAGCUGCAGUCAGCCGACAGUCCUGGAGUCAGUCUCCCCGGCGGCUGGGAUCGGUCUGCAGUGGAUUCAUUCGGGGUUUGGAGUGUGAAACAGUCUUCUUUGAGUCUUUACCCUUGCUGUCUGGUGGGAAUCUGCAGUCCUCAUUAAAGUGGAUAAUCUGAGGAGACGACUGCAGUCAGUCUUUACUGUUGAACUUGCAGAGUGUGGAACUGAGUCCCAGUAAGACUUCAGAGACUGGGAACAGGAGAAAGAAACUGUUUCUCAUGUGACUGUGGAAAUGAGUGGAUUUGUUGCAGUGAUGUUUAAGCAACUGAACUGAAAAUCAGAAAUGUAAUAAACAGACUGUUAAAGACAAAGAUCAGGGUUUUGUUUUCAAGAAUACUUAACACAACAAAGACACCAAAUUAAAAUCUUCAGAUAAAAUAGAAACACAGUUUGCUCUUUGGUGUCUGAAGUGUGUGUACUCUUUGUGAGGUUUAACCAAACUGCAGUGACUGAAAUAAUGAAACAACUUGUGCCAAAUACUUUUACUCAUGUGCUCCAGUUAUCUUCAGUGUCUGCUGCUCUGUGCUCCACUACACUUCAGUUUGGAGGCUGCGUUUUGUGGUGCUGUUGGAGCUGUGUUGUGUUCAGUACAGUCAGUGUUGUGUUCAGGGGCGUAUUCCAGAGGGGGUUUAGUGACAGUAAAUCCUGAGAUGAGGGAAACUCUGGGUUUUCAGUUCCAGAAACAGACGCAUCUCCAACUCUGGGUCGGUUACUGCGGUAACUGACUCUGUGAACCUAACCUAACCUUUUCUUCAACACACCCUGAGUUUGUCUGCGUCUCCUCUCUCUGACAGAGGCAGACAUGCUGUCUCAUUACCUCAUUGGCUCAGUCUGUGCCAAAACGUGCAUUGACGUGUAUUCAUUUAUUUUUAUUGUCUGUCAGAAUCAAAUCCAGGUUGGAUAUUAGUUUGUUAAUCAGGACGAUGUAAAGUUUUUAUGUGCUGUCAGUCAUUUCUUUGAACAGUGUUUUUGCCCUCACAUUAAAAUAUCACAACAUUAA